AUGUCGGUGUCGUCGUGGUGGCGAACCCUCUCACGCGUCUUGAGGAUAGGAAAUGCCCGUUACAUUGUUGGGCAUGACCUUGAGCAAAAUACAUACAUGGAGCUUCCGUCUCUGCACGGCGAUCCGAAGCGGACAAGGCGUGUAGUCAAAUGGAAGUCUUUGUCAAAUUUGAGCGACUUUAAUCCAAAAGAGAUGCCUAUUCAGUGGGACGCAUGGAUGCGGCACACACGCCAACACCCUCCCACGAUCGAGGAACUGUUAAAGGAUCGCGAACGGCAACGCAUAGUGCAGCACAAUGCACGAGUCCUCGCGAUCCGUGACGAAGCAGAAAAGGCGCAAAUUGAGGCACAGCGUGCGACAGAACAUGCUGAGGCUUUACAAACGCAAGCUGCGCGUGAAAAACGGCGUCUUGAAAUAUUUGAUGCAUCAUCAAAAUCACAAUUGGGACAGAGUGAAGAGACCGCUCACGGUAGCGGAAUUGAGAGUGCUACUAUCCGACCAGGUCGUCGACGAGGUGUCUAA